UCAUUCAAGUUGAAGUACACUAUGAUAAAAAUGGUGCAACUAGUGAAAAUAAGGAAGCAAUAUCAGAUAUUAUUAUAUGUGGCGAAGGAGGAAGUCCUACUGGUGAAAUUGGAAGAGUAUUACCGAUACCAGAGAAAAUUGUUGGAUUUCCAGAAGCACACAUGGAAAAUAUAGAAGGCUCCAGGAAACAAUUUACAUCAACGUGUACGAGCUUAUCAAAAAGACAAAUUUCCCAACUACGCUUAAAAGCUGCUAGAAAAAAAGCUGCGCUAGAAGAAAAAAUGGAAGAAGAGAAAAUGAGAAUAAUGAAAGAAGAAAUUGAAAUGCAAGUAGAUAUCUCCGAGAGAAAAAAUUGAUCGAGAUGGAAUUAGAUGUGCAACUUAGUACCGCAGGUAGUAAAAUAUCUAGUAUACCUAGGGAUUCUGAAGAAGGUACAAUAGAUAGUAUUCAAAAAGUGAAAAUUUUUUUGAGAAUUCCAGGAAUCAACCUGACUGAAUACGAACGAGCCUCUUCAGAUCAUAAAAGUAUCAAAUCCGAUGAAAAUGAAUUAGAAUUCGACCACACCAAAUGUAUUAUAUCCGAUCAUUUGGAUGAAGAUUGUAGAAAACUUACAGAGAAGUGUACGAAUAUACAGCUAGAAACCAUUUUCACUCGACAGUCAAUCAGAGACUCACCUUUGUUCAAUGGGGAUCCGGAAGAAUGGCCUCUAUUCAUUUCUCAAUUCAGAAGAUCAACCAAAUCCUGCCAAUUUUCAGGAGAAGAAAAUCUCAUAAGACCCCAGAAAUGCCUUCGUGGUCGUGCGAGAGAUAUUGUCAAACCACUGCUGAUCAGUUCGAGUAAUUCGGAUAUCAUUAUGGAAUUAUUAGAAAUGAAUUUUGGAAGACCUGAUAUAAUAAUCUCCAUGUUAAUAGAGAAGGCGAGGAAAGUUGCAUCACCUGGCAAAGGUGAUGCAACUUUCGACAAAGGCAGUUUUGAACUUAACAUCCACUAUAGAGAUGCUGAUCUAGCAGAACAAUUAGAAUUAGUUGGAGAAACAGAAUCCUUAUGCUACCAAUGGACUAACGGCAUCACCCAUCAAGAGAACAAUUCUAGAAAGGUAGAUAUUGACGUAUCCGAUCCACGUCAUCCUUCUAAGUAUUUCCGAUUGAAUGGAGUGAGAACUAUCAAGAACAUGAAGCUGCCAAGACAAACACUGGACAUCAGAGAACUGAAAAAAAAAAUCCAAAUACACCCUACCUUGAACAUAUUCGGCCGUACUACAAUGAACAACCGCUGUUUCUUAUUGGUCAAGAUCAAUGCCAUCUACUAA